AUGACGUUAUCGUGCAAUAAUUGUAGGGUCGUAAUAUGUGAAUUAUUAACGUACGUAAAAGCAAAAUUGUCUGUGGCUGAUGAAGACAGCAUUGUGAGGAUUUGUGCCGCGACCUUCUCAUCGGAGGAGAUCGAGGAAAGUUAUAAAUUGCUCGUCGAUUCCCUACCGCAGGAUCUGCGUAAAACUGCGAGGAGAGGAAAAGGCAAAGAAAACCGUUUUUUAAACGACAUAAUCAGUCUUUUUAAGGGCACUGACCCUGAUGUUUUGCCAGUGUUCGUAGCGAGAGACUUAGAUAAGUUACCCCCGAUUACGUUUGAUCACCUUGACGUCUCAAAACUACUUAAGGAUCUGGCCGUUGUGCAGGCCGAGAUAAAAGAUAUUAAGUCGUCAUAUGUAACUAUCGACCAGCUGGAAAAAGUGAGAACUGAGUGCCAAAGUCACCGAUAUACAUCGCCGCCCUUCUCAGCUGCAAAGGUGAACAUGAAAAGAGGCGCAUAUCGGGACAGUGGGCCCAUUGGAUUGUCGCAACUCGAUGAUACGAUCAUUACAAAUCACAGCGAUCGUCCUAACGUUGAGUCGUCAUCUCCGAGAGAUCUUAGUUUAAACUAUAGGAGCAUAAAUUAUAUGGAAGGUAGUGCGGCGGGUAGUUAUAAAUCUCAACGUAUCCUGAGCGGCGAAGGCGCGCGCGCCGCGGAACAGGUGAGCGCCGCGGGCGCGGGCGGCGCGGGUGAUGUGUCAUCGCAACCAGCGGUGAGUGCGCCGAGCGCUCAGCCGGCCAGCGAGACGGCUCCGAUCCGGGCAGCGGGUGUGUUGUCGUUCGCUGAGGUGACUAAGACAGAAGGCGAGUGGAAUGUUGUACAGCGUCGGAAACCGAAAACGAGAUCGUAUCGUUACCAGGGAGUCGCGGGGGUCUCCAAUGACGAGAAUUGUAACUUUAAAGCCGCCGACAGAAAAGUCCCAAUUUUUAUUACCAUGAUACACAAAGAUACCACGGAGAAGGAUAUUAUGGAUUACGUCUAUAACAAAACGAAAGAGCAUAUCAAUCUCGAAAAGAUUUCCUUUUUACGAGGAAACAAGGACUAUAACGCGUACAAAUUUUUUGUAUCAGAGCGGAAAAUAGAAAUAUUUUUAGAUGCAACACUCUGGCCGGAGGGAGUAAUAUUCAGGCGUUUCGUCAAUUUCAAGCGAAAUAACAGGAUUGGUGCGAACGGUGUGGCGACGAAUACCGUGAACGGCCCUACCCCGACUGUUAAUGGAUAA